UCUACGAUCUUUGAGGUCAAGGAAAGGGAAAGAGGUGAUAAUGGCGGACGCUGCUCCAGCCGCACGCGGUGGCUUUCGUGGAGGUUUUGGCUCUCGCGGAGCGGGAGGCGAUCGCGGUGGUCUGCGGGGUCGAGGAGGCAGAGGCAGAGGCAGAGGACGCGGCCGUGGACGCGGCAAGGAGGACAGCAAAGAGUGGGUUCCGGUCACCAAGCUCGGUCGUCUGGUCAGAGACGGCAAGAUACAGUCCCUCGAGCACAUCUACCUGUUCUCCCUGCCCAUCAAGGAGUACGAGAUCAUUGACAAGUUCCUUGGACCGGACCUAAAAGACGAGGUCCUGAAAAUCAUGCCGGUGCAGAAGCAGACACGAGCCGGUCAACGUACGCGUUUCAAGGCUUUCGUUGCCAUCGGAGACAGCAAUGGACACAUUGGACUGGGAGUGAAGUGCUCCAAGGAGGUAGCCACUGCCAUUCGCGGCGCCAUCAUCCUGGCUAAACUGUCCGUCGUGCCGGUUCGACGUGGUUACUGGGGCAACAAGAUCGGCAAGCCGCACACGGUGCCGUGCAAGGUGACGGGCAAGUGCGGCUCCGUGCAGGUGCGCCUGAUACCCGCGCCCAGAGGCACCGGCAUCGUGUCCGCCCCGGUUCCCAAGAAGCUCCUCCAGAUGGCCGGCAUCGAGGACUGCUACACCUCGGCCAGGGGCUCGACCUGCACACUCGGCAACUUCGCCAAGGCCACUUACGCCGCGAUCGCCAAGACUUACGCGUAUCUGACGCCCGACCUGUGGAAGGAGCAGGCUCUGGCUAAGGCGCCGUACCAGGAAUUCGCCGACUAUCUGUCCAAGACUCAUAAGGGUGGCGCGAGAGCGGCCGAAGUUGUCUGAAUAAACAUCCAGCCCCGUGCGCUUUGAAAAACCGUAAAA